AUGGGCCAAAUGGGUAUUUCUGGCUAUGCUCAGAGCCACUCUGACCUCGGUGGCUAUACCACCGCCUUCCACCCACCUACCAUGGCCAACUCAUCCGGCGCCAUUGGACGUUCGGCAGAGAUCCUCGGACGUUGGGGAGAACUGGCCGCAGUCUCCAGCGCGGUCUUCCGAUCUCAUGAAGGAAACGUGCCCGAGGUCAACGCUCAGUUCUACAGCAACAGCUCCACAUACUCCUACUACGCAUACAACGCGCGGAUGUUCAAGAGUCUCGGCCCCUACCGCCGUCAGGUCCUGAACACUGAAAGCAAGACCCGCGGCUGGCCUCUCCUGAGAAUGGCAGUCCUUUAUCACCCAGACGAUGCCAAGGCCCGCCAGAUCAGCUACCAGAGCUUCUACCUCGGCGCUGAUCUUUACGUUGCUCCAGUGUUGGACCCCCAGACUACCAAGUUGAAUGUGUAUCUACCCGGCACUGACCGACACCGCACGUACACCCAUGUCUGGUCCGGCAAGACUUACCACGCUGGACAGACUGUGCGUGUUGAUGCGCCUUAUGGAAAGCCGGCUAUGUUUGUUGUCAACCAUGCGCGUAGCCCUCAGCUGGAUGUCUUUUUGAACUUUGUUCGCAAGGAGAAUGGAACGGUCAUUCGUGUUUAG